AUGUCUCCAAACCCCACCAAUAUCUCUGACACUGCGACAUACAAGUCGUAUGGCGUUAACGUAACUGAGCUUCAAGAAAUGAUGCAACUUCGUGGGCUUGAAGCUAUAAAUUAUAUAAAAGCACGUUAUGAUGGAGUUAUUGGACUAUGCAAGCGGUUAAAAACCUCUCCCAAUACUGGUGUACAUAGUGCCGAAAUCGCUGAGAGAACUCAGGUUUUCGGAUCAAAUGUGAUUCCUCCCAAACCUCCAAAAACGUUUCUGCAAUUAAUGUGGGAAGCACUUCAGGAUGUUACCCUGAUUGUCCUCAUGGCCGCCGCUGUCGUAUCCCUUGCUCUCUCCCUUUACAGCAAAUACAGCGGUGGAAAUGUUGGCGGUGACGAGACGGAAGGGGAUGCGGGUUGGAUUGAAGGUGUGGCCAUCCUCGGCGCUGUCAUUGUUGUCGUCCUCGUGACAGCAGUCAACGACUGGCAGAAGGAGCGACAGUUUCGUGGGUUGCAGGACAAAAUCGAGUCUGAUCAUCGCAUAUCUGUCAUGCGUGAUGGUGAAUUCUUUGAGUGCCUUGUCGGCGAAAUUGUGGUUGGCGACAUCUGUCUCAUCAAAUAUGGUGAUUUACUACCCGCUGAUGGUGUCAUUAUUCAAAGCAAUGAUUUGAAAGUUGACGAAAGUUCUCUGACUGGUGAAGCUGAUCACGUCAAGAAGGGUGAACAUAUCGAUCCAAUACUUCUUUCUGGUGAGUCUUCCCUUUUCAAACAUUCAAAUGGUCAGAGUUUUCUAAUUGCUAAAUGCAUUAAUCUAUAA